UGUCCUUUCAUCCCCAUAAAGGAUAAUAUACAUACUCUGUGCCAGUCUAGUCUAGUGUGAGGAAACCCUGGCAUUAUCCUGAGAGACAGAGAGAGAACUAGCCAGCAUGGAUCUGAUUAGUGUUGUUGUAUCCAGCAUGAACAAUGCACAUGACAAAACUGCAGAUGUCCUAACAUGCUGUGGUGUGCCGGCGCCCUUUUAGCAGUUUUAAGGGCUAAGCAGCAGCAGCAGCAGCAGCCCCAAACUGCCGUUUUCUGGGCAUGUAUGGCCACUUGAUCCUGUCUGCGGCGCGGCGUGGCGCGGCGCAUGGUCCUCAAUCAUGCCCCCUGACCCUGAGCACUGUGUUAUCAAGGGUCCAUCUAUGCAUGAUCACACUGGGGAAGAAGAAGCACGCGGGGAGGCUGCAGAAGGUUCUGAGGGAGCAGAAGGCCAGGGUCUACAUCAUCCGCCGCUGCGUCGUCAUGCUUCUCUGCUGGAGUGACUGAUCUGGGCUCAUUAGAGGCACAGCCACAAUGUUCCUUCCCUUCAUUAAUUCUCUCCUGCUUUCCUCUCCAUGUUUUUUUUCACAUUGGCCUUUACCCUAUGAUGAAGGUUCUCUGUUUUUCUUGCCUCCUUGCAAUGGCAAGGGUGACUGAUGUUGUAAAGUUGGAGGGUGUUAAUACGGACUAACAGUAUGCUUUUUCCUCUGGAACUCGAUCUUUGCGGCUGCUUGAGCUUCACAA